AUGCUGGCUCUGAUGUGUCCAGGCUCCUACCAGGCUUGGUGCCAGGUCACCAACGUGUCAGCAUUGCCGGCCACUGCCCUGGCACCUGGGCUGCAGAGCACCAAUGGCACCGUCCUGAGUGUGGCCCCCGUGGAAGCCGUGACUGGUGGACACAGUGGCCUGCUGGUGGGUCUGGGCCUGGCCAUGAGCUCCAGCGUUUUCAUCGGCUCCAGCUUCAUCCUAAAGAAGAAGGGCCUCCUGCAGCUUGCUGCCUCAGGGGCCACCAGAGCUGGCCAAGGCGGACACUCUUACCUCAAGCAAUGGCUCUGGUGGGCAGGGCUGCUCUCAAUGGGGCUAGGAGAGGCUGCAAACUUUGCUGCGUACGCUUUUGCGCCUGCUACACUGGUGACACCUCUGGGGGCACUGAGUGUCCUUGUCAGCGCCAUCUUGUCAUCCUACUUUCUUCAUGAGCGACUGAAUGUCCAUGGAAAGCUGGGCUGUGUGCUGAGUCUUCUAGGGUCCACGGUCAUGGUGAUCCACGCCCCAGAGGAAGAAGAGGUCACCUCCUUAGCUGACAUGGAAGCCAAGCUGAGAGACCCAGGGUUCAUCUGCUUUGCCCUGGUUGUGGUGGUGACCUCCCUGGUGCUAAUUUUGUUCGUGGCUCCCAGGAAGGGUCAGAACAACAUCUUAGUCUAUGUGUCCAUCUGCUCGGCCAUCGGGGCCUUUUCGGUCUCCUCCGUCAAGGGGCUGGGAAUUGCUAUGAAGGACCUCCUGGAGCAGAAGCCUGUCUAUCGCGACCCGCUGGUCUUCGUGCUACUUGCCACGCUGGUCCUGUCAGUCAGCACACAGAUCAAUUACCUCAACAAAGCACUGGACACGUUCAAUACCUCUCUGGUGACUCCCAUUUACUACGUGGGCUUCACCUCCAUGGUGCUCAUCUGCUCCAUCAUCCUGUUCAAGGAGUGGCACGGCCUGGGCGCCCGGGACGUGCUGGGGACUCUGAGCGGCUUUGGCACCAUCAUCGGUGGCAUUUUCCUCCUCCACGCCUUCAGGGGUGUGCCCCCUUCCUGGAGUCAGCUUUCCGCCCCAGUGCGCAAGGGUGUGUCAAGAGCCCUGAGCACGGGGGAGGAUGGCCACUCUCUACUGGAGCAUGUUGAGUUCUCCCCCCUGGGCUGCAACGACGACCUCACCUUGUUCAGCCGUGUGGACGGCCAGAGCGGCUGACCCCGGGCCACGUGGGGGUGCAGCCGCUGGGGAGUCUGAACCAGAGGAUCAGCCACUGCCCUGGACCCGGCUGGACCGGCACUUACCAUGGCACUCCUACGCCCAGGGAGCCGGGGGCCCGGUGGUGCCACCAUGGACCUUGCGGAGAAAGCACGGCAGCAAGGUUUGCCCCGGGAGAGCGUCAGGUCCCGAGGGAGCGGUGCCCCUCGGGUCAGCCCACCCAACCUAGGCCUUGGCUCUGACGGGGGCACUGGGAUGCUGGGAGAAAGUGUGUGCUGGCUGCUGCUUCCAGUGUUAGGGAGAGACCAUCCAGCCCCCCGACUCUCCUUUCUCUGGCCUGACUCUCCCCACGGUGACCAGCCUGGACUGUCUAUC